CCGUGUACUGCUGCCCGUCACUCACAUCAUCUGUACAGUAGCAGUCGCGCCUUCUCGCUUUAGCUUCCAUGGCUACCAACUAGAGAACCAGUUUGUCGCCUCGACCUGCUCGUUAGCUCUCGUAAGCUGGCUAGCGGGCAUAAUAAAUGGGAUGAUGUAGCUAUCUAACUGUGAUCGAUCAACGUGAGUACCGUAGCAUGCUAAGCUAACAUGAAGCCAUAUCCAUUUGGCUUGGCUAGUAACUAGAUCGAGCUAACGUCUCUAAGCUAGCGCAGGCUAGCAUUCACCUGCAGGGUGUUAUUGCUAACUAACUGACACCGUCGUUGCUAGCCUGCCCCGAUGGAAAGUGCGCGGAGUACGACUAUGAAGGAAAGCUACUCGGAUGGUCUUUCGGCUUCAUCCACGCCACAAGGAAUACUUGAUUCCAACAAUGAUAGUAACUCUGUGAAGCCCAGUGGUUUGCCGUUACUGUCUGCUGGAAAGAGACCUUCGGGUGGGGAGGAUGAUGGUGGGGGUGGAGAAUCAAAACUCUUUGGGAAGGGACUUGCAACCACAUCCCUACUUCAAAUUGCGAUAAGGAACGGGAUCUAUCAAAGUCAAGUUGCCAGCGCUAUUGGUGGUGCGGCCAAAAAUGUCAACAUGCCCACCGUUAAAACCGCCAACAUUUACAGUCUCACAUCGGUCAACAAUACUACAAGUGUCAACUCUUUACUGAACAGGAGACGGCGGAGGCACAAGAGAAAUCUCUCCCUGGGGGCUCCACCGACCACUUGCACGUCCGCCGCGUCCUCGUCGGAGACAGCGAACCCCAGCCCCUCAGCCUCUCCGCUGAGCACUCUCAGUCUGGAUAGGAAGACGUUUCUUAGGCAGAAGCAGUCCAAACAGCUCCAGGUCUCUGACAAGACAUGGGUGAGAUCGGAUCUCUGCCGGGGCUGUAUUCAUGUCCACGACUGGCUCACGCCCUCCUAUCCGAGGCCGGUGCUUUGUACACUCGAUACCACUGCCGGAGAAGUGGCGCGUCAGCUGGAAGUGGGUAAAGCUGGAGCAAUUUUGAGAAUUAAUGGUAAAACAAGUGCUUUAAUGGACCUUAAUGCCAACUGUAAUGAUAGUCACGCACAAAGCGAUGACAAACAAAGUCUUCAGGAGAGUGUGGAUGUCACUAAGACAGUCUCACCUGGCUCUCUUUUAUCCUCCAAAGCAGAGGGGAAUGAGGCUCUGCAGUAUAGCAGCAACACAUCACAGUGUUACCCAGACACCAAAUUCCCUUGCGGUUUAUUUUCAGAUGAUAAGAUGACAGGCACCAUUUCAUCAGAGGUCUGUCUGACUGACAGCUUGGGAAUGGAUCUGGGCCUUGGUCUGGCAGACUGUUACGGACUCUACUCAGGUUCAGACAUGGAGAGCAGCACCUGUGAGGACUUCAGUCCUGGUGGGCCCAGAAGUAGCGAACACCAGGACUCACUGAGUGAUGGGCAGGGCUUGGGUACAGACAACUCAGUGCAGAGUCCCAACUGUGACAGUGCCACAGAGGGACCCGAUCCUUUUGAGAGCUCCUCAGACGAGGUAGAGCUCACAUCGUCCCCAACACAUCCAGCCAGCGUCUCAGCUGUAGACAAGCAAGGGGAAAUGCUCACCACAGGUCCCUGCAGUGACCAAAAUGGGAUGUCAACCACACUGAAUGAUAGUGUUGAUGCUGGAGCGGAAAGCAACAUAGAUUCUCCAAACUUGAUCAAACCUCCCUCUAAAUGCUGUAGCAGCUCUCAGACUCGGCCCCUGACCGGCCCAGCAUCUGUCCAGCCUGACCUGGAGAUCCCGGGGGAGAGCAGAGGGUGGCCAGAUCCCGUCAGUACUAGUCCGACCCCAGCCCUCUUUGUCCAGCUGCAUGGUGGAGCUGUUCGGCGGCUGAGGAGUGAUGAAAGGCCUCUGCAGAUAUUAAAUGAAUACCUCACUAAUCUGGGGUUUGAAGACCCGGGGAGAGUGCAGGAGGAGGGGAUGAAUCCAGAAAUUGGUUGCCUGAUACGCUUUUACUUUGGUAAGCCACGGAGCGUGGGAGGUUCGGAGCGUGUGCAGCUUUCUGGGGUGUUCAACGUGCGGAAAGGGAAGCUGGCCCUGCCAGUGAACCGCUGGUCAAAGCGCCAGGUCACACUGAGUGGAACCUGUCUCAUUGUCUCUUCUGUUAAACACGCCCACACGGGCAAGAUGCAUAUCCUCCCACUCAUCGGAGGAAAGGUGGAGGAGGUGAGGAGACACAGCCACUGCCUGGCCUUCAGCUCAGCUGGGCCCCAGAGCCAGACCUACUACAUCAGUUAUGACUCCUACACAGAGCACCUUCGCUGGCACAGGCAUGCAGCAAAGAUUGCAUCACAGAGGGUGAGCUCAGUCGACCUGUCGUGUUGCAGCCUGGAGGAACUGCCAUCUCAGCUCUUCUACAGCCAGGACCUUACUCACCUAAACCUCAAACACAACUUCAUGUCACCACAGAAGGGUCUUGCAGCGCUCACCAGGUUCUGUAAACUGAGAAGCCUCAGCCUGUCUAAUAAUGCUCUGGGUGAGUUUCCUCUGGCCUUGUGUGACAUCUCUUCACUAACGGAGCUCAACCUGUCCGGAAACUGCCUGUCUUCACUGCCUGCCGCAGUAGGAACCAUGCAAAACCUGCAGACUCUUCUUCUGGAUGGGAACUUACUGAGUUCUCUGCCUGUGGAACUGGGCUCUCUGGAGGGCCUGACCUACCUGGGCUUGUCCUUCAACUGUUUUAGCUGCAUCUCCCCUGUCCUAGAGAAAUUAAAGGGCAUGGAGAGACUUUGUCUGGCAGGGAACCAGCUCUCUGUCCUGGAUAUGGCUGGACUGCAGUGGCUGCCUGCUCGCUACAUAGAUCUCAGAUUGAACCGGCUCCAAAAGGUGAUGGUGGGAGAGACAGGGCAACUGGCUCAUGUUGUCCAGCUGGAUGUGAGGGAUGCUGGCCUGUCAGAGCUGGACGUCAGGCCUCUCUCCAGGCUGGAGCUCCUCCGUUGUGACAGAAACACGCUGUCCUUCCUCAGAGUCAGCGGCCACACCCUCAAGGGCCUGCAUGCUGCACACAAUGAGCUGAAACAGCUGGAGGUGUGCCCUGCGCCAGAGAAUCUUACGGUUCUGGAUGUGUCCUGGAACAGUCUGGAUGGUGUCCCUGACUGGGUGUGUGAGAGCAGCAGACUGGAAGUGUUGGACAUUAGUCACAACUCUGUCUCUGAGCUGCCCAUACGGUUGCUGUGCAGUGGGAGUCUGAGGAAGCUGCUGGUGGGCUGGAAUGGCCUGCACCGGCUGGCUGACAGGCUGGAGAGGUCUCAGCUGGAGGUCCUGGACGUCCAGCACAACCACCUGACUGAGCUCCCACACAAUCUGUUCAUCAAAGCCCAGGGCUUGAGAUACCUUAAUGUGUCAGCCAAUAAGCUGGAGAGCCUUCCUCCAGCUAGCCUAUCAGAGGAGAGUUUCAGCAGCCUGGAGGAGCUCUAUGUUACCAAUAACGGCUUGACAGACAAGUGCAUCCCUCUCCUGACUGAGCAUGGCCACCUCAGAGUGCUUCAUCUAGCCUACAACCAGCUGCAGACCUUCACUGCAAGCAAGCUGGCACGACUGGAGCAGCUGGAGGAGCUGGAUCUAAGUGGCAACAGGCUGAGGACUGUGCCCACCACUAUCCUGAGCUGCCAGCGCAUGCACACACUCUCUGCCCACUCCAACUGCAUCAGUGUGUUCCCUGAGGUCCUCCAGCUCCCUGAGAUCAAGUGUGUAGACCUGAGCUGUAAUGAGCUGACCGAGGUGACUCUGCCGGAGACGCUUCCUCCAAAGCUCCAGGAACUGGAUCUUACAGGCAACCCCCGCCUUAACCUGGACCACAAGAGCCUGGAGCUACUCAAUAAUAUCCGGUGUUUCAGGGUAGACCCUUCUCCCUCUGCUCUGUGUGUGAGUGAGGGCCCUGGGGCCCCUGCAGUAUGGAGUCAUGGCUACACAGAGGCCUCUGGAGUCAAAAACAAGCUGUGUGUUGCAGCUCUGGCCCUGGACAGUUUCUGUGGGAUUCGUGAGGCGCUGUAUGGAGUGUUUGAUGGAGACAGGAAUGUUGAGGUGCCUUACCUGCUACAGUGCACCAUGGGAGAUGUGCUGGCAGAGGAGCUUCACAAGAACCAGAAGCAUGAAGACUACAUGACCAACACCUUCCUCACCAUGCAGAGGAAACUGGGCACGGCAGGCCAGAGGCUGGGUGGCUCAGCCGCUUUAUGCCACAUCAGACAUGACAUGGUGGCCCCUGGUGAGCGGGGAGGCUGUUUCACCUUGACAGCUGCCAACGUAGGCAAGUGCCAGGCUGUAUUGUGUCGAGAUGGCAAGGCUCUGCAGCUGUCCUCCACACACACUGUCAAGCAAGAGCUGGAGUACCAGAGGGUCCGGCAGCAUAAUGCCAUCAUCACUGAGGACAACAAAGUCAAUGGUGUAACUGACUCCACUAGAAUUAUGGGUUACUCUUUCCUUUGUCCAUCUGUGACUCCGCAACCCCACGUCUCCACAGUAACCCUCACCCCCCAAGAUGAGUUCUUCCUGCUAGGUAGCCGGGGCUUGUGGGACAUGUUAUCUCCCAGCGAGGCGGUGGAGGCGGUGAGGAAUGUUCCAGAUGCUCUGGCUGCUGCUAAGAAACUUGUGACUCUGGCUCAGAGUUACGGCUGCUCCGACAGUCUCAGUGCUGUAGUUGUCCAACUCAGUAUCACUGAAGACUGCUGCUGUUUCUGUGAGCCACCACCCCCACCCCCGAGCCCCGGCCUGGGUGCGCACACACACACCAGUGCACACCCUUAUCACCCAGCGGGCGAUGGCAGCCUACCUCUGCCUCCGGCCUCUUCAGGAACAGUCAGUGAGCUGAGUAGUGAAUUCAGCACAUCAGAGAUGAGUAGCGAGGUUGGCUCCACUGCCUCCUCAGAGGAACCACCGCCCCAAGCCGAGCCCCUGGCAUCCCACCUAAACUUGCCGGGGCGGGCCGGGCUGCGGAGACCUGCCUGUGGAGGAGGGACCUUCCAGAGGCAGUUCUCUGGAGCUCUGUCCGACAACGGGCUGGACAGCGAGGACGAGGAGCCCAUCGCUGGCGUGUUCUCUAAUGGGAGCCGCGUUGAGGUGGAGGCCGAUGUCCACUGUCUGCAUGGACGAGACUGCCCAGCACCCCAGCCGCAAGCACACCCUCAUACACACCCCAGUUCAAGCAUUCCUCCAUCCGUCGCCUCGCACAUUGAGCCUUCACCCCUAUCGUUAUCCACUCCAUCCCCUUCCCCCUCACCGGCCUUCCAACCCCCUGUCCCUCUGCCCUCUCCCUGUCUGGGAGGAGAGGCACGGUCAGGGACUCUGGGCCGCAGAAAUCGGGCCAACGGCUCGGUCGCAUGCCAAGGGAGGAGCCAGGACCUCAUAGAGGAGGCGGGCGACGCCCCCAUCAGGAAGCCAGGGGGUUACUUCAAUGCACCCGCCCAGCCAGACCCUGAUGACCAGCUCAUUAUCCCUCCUGAGCUGGAGGAUGAAGUCCGACAGAUCAUUCAGCAGCAGCAGCAGCAGCAGCAACAACAACAACAGCAGCAGCAGCAGCAGCAGGACCAGAUGCAGCCCCACAGCCAGCAAGCACACACCUACCAGAAGCCCUCUGAUUACUUUGUCACACCCCUCUAACAUGGCACUCGCUUUCCCACCUUCAUCACAGUAAGUCAUUUCUCAUGGGCGGCUGGAGUGUAAAAGGUAUCGGGGAUGGAGUACUGUCAAGGUUUCAUGCACUUCAGCAAGUUGUUCUGCUCCCUCCAAAAAAAAACUCAUGCCCUUAGUUUCCUGAACAUGCCUUGCAUGCUGUUAUGGACCAGAGAGACUGUGUUUUGUUAUGUUUUGUUACUUUUAUUUUAUACUAUUAACUCUAUGCCCCAGGAAACGCAAUGCAAUUUUAUAACACUUUUGUGCAUUAAUUCUUUACAUAAGUUUAAUUUAAUGUAAUUGAGUUUUAUUAUAUCAUUUUAUUUGAUGAAGCACUUUGAAUGCUUUCUAUUAGAUUUUUAUUUGAGAAUAAUUCUGUUAAACGGUACAUUCUGAUACAGACCAUACUAUUCCUUGUGUUGUAGCAAACAUUUUCCCCUGUUCAUUGUAGCUGUUGGCCUUUAAAGUUGUUCGAGUUAGUGAAAAAAAUGUUUAAGACUAACUCCUUGGAGUUGCAUACUCAUAAGUGACCUAGUCACUGAAGUGUACUAAUAUUCUCUGAGAGAAAAGAUGAUUAUUUCUAAAGGCUGAUGUUCCAGAGAUGUGUUGUAGGGGGUGUGCAGAGUUCAGAGUGGUGGUGCUGUGGUAGGUGGAAUGCUGAAGGAGUGAGAUUAUCCCAUGGGCAUUACCAGCUCAAUGAAUGUUUUCGGAACAGUGUUACGCAGACUUCUUUACAUUGGCAAAUCGCACAAGAGAGCUACUUUUGCUAUGUAAUAAAUUUAAGUUUUCAGAUAAC